AUGGCGCGGCCGUGCUUCAAGUUUGUGCUGGCCUGGCUCCUCGCCAUGGUCGGAGCCGGGCACAGUGUCACGGGCCUGGUGGCACCGCCAAGGACGUGGGCGGACAUGGUGCAUCUCGCCAAGAACAACGACGCGGACCCGGAGGCGCCACACGAGCCAUUAAGCGCCGAGGGGCAGGCGCUGCUUAUCCAGGCGCGGACCGAGAUGCGGUGCCGGUACGCCUUCACGGACCUCAAGCGGACGUACAAGAUAUACCGCAUCUUCCUGGGCCACAGCAUGGUAGCGUACCCGGGAUGGUGCGAGGCGAUAGAGGCGGCGGUGCGUGGCCUGUGCGGCAAGGACAAGCUGGGCCCGGACGAGAUCGAGUGGCUACGGUGCGACACGGACGGGCACGACCUGCUGUGGCAGCGGGGGGCGGUGGCGACGUUCAAGCUCAAUGUGCCGACCGAGGUGCGGCCGCGGUGCGUGACGGAGGCGGUGAGGGCGUCGGUGCCGGGGUCGCAGGUGGGAUGGAUGGGGCAGAGGGGGUGCUACGAGGCAUAUGGGUUUGAGAUUGAGUAUUGA